AGAUACUCAUUAAGGUUAGAGCUAACCAUUAAGGAUAGAGCUUUGCGCGGGGUUGCAUUUAGCGACUCAACGGUCCACGUCACUCAAACCGUUUACUGGCAGACCAGGCGAUUGGCGGAAAAUCAAUUCAAUCACAAAAUCUUUGGAAAAUCUUUUUGUGAUUUGUUUUUUUCUUCUUUUGGACCAUGACGACUUUAUCGUUCGUUGCCGUGGCGGGGCUGUUGUUGCUGCUUCAGAUCACGACAUCGUCUGCCUUUGUGCUGCCAUUAUCUUCACGUCCAUGCGGUUCGGUUAGUUUAGCCAUGAGGCCCGAUGGGUUUAACGACUGGAUGCAGCCAGACGGAAACGACUAUGAUACGCAUCCUCAUGCUCGCAACACUGUUAGACCUCCCGCUGUCCAAGGAGGAGCUGGCGGACAACAGAGUCAAGACGAAAUGAGGCGUGCGUAUUAUCAAGAACCAGCGCCACCACAAGCACAACAAGCACAGCCGGAACCAGAAGCCGCUCCUACUGACACUGCUGCUCCGGUUGCUACUGCGGGCGAUGAUCCGUCAGUGCCCCCCCCAACCGAGUCCCAGAUGCCGCGGGACCCAACCAAUGACGGUCGCACCACGGGCAGCAUGCACUUGAGUGCAAGAGACCAAGAGCUCAUUGAUCAAAUGGAACAAGCUCAAAAUCAAUACGAUCAAUUCGUUAGCAGCCCGUACGGGAACAGUGGACCCGCUCGCUAUGGACAUACCUUUGGACAAGGACCCCAGGUUCCCGCAGGACAGAGUCAAGGACCAGCUAGACCACAACAACGUACUAGUAGUGGAGCAGGACCACCACCAGCUGCCCAACAAUCCUCCAUGGACCAAUUCAUUGAAAACCCAUACGGAAACAGGCCAGCGCCUGAUGGUUAUGGGAAUAGCGUGGGGGGUGGAAGUGCUGCCAUGCCGCAAGCACCACAAGCUCCGGGACAAUACCAGCAGCCACCGCAGCAGCAGCGGCAGCAGCCACCACCGCAAAAGUCAUUUCAAGAAGACUUCAUUGAUGAUCCCUAUGCAAACGACGCGGCACCAGGUGGACCCCCAGUAGGAAACGUCGACGAAAGGCAGAGAGGUAUGGAAGCAAGGUCCAACAGGCCACCACGUUCCGACAUGCCAAUUCAAGCAAAAGAAAAUUUGCCUGAGACGGAAGACAAUAUGCAGCCACCACCACAUCCCAAAGCGCAGAAAUCGUUUCAAGAGCAGUUCAUUGAUGAUCCCUACGGGGGGAACAAGGGGGCACCGAAGGGAGGCAUGGAAGCAAGGUCCAACUUUCCACCUCGUUCCGACAUGCCAAUUCAAGCACAAGAAAAUUUGCCUGAGACGGAAGACAACACACAGCCACCACCACAUCCAAAAGCGCAGAAAUCGUCACAAGAGCAGUUCAUUGAUGAUCCCUACGGAAUCAAGUCAGCACCGGACGGUUACUUUGAUACUGGGGUCAGCAACAGCAUGAGACAAUUUCAAGCGCACCAGAAGAAGCAACAGCAAGAUCAAGACUUUAUUGACAAUCCUUCCGGGACAAACCGCAUGGAUUAUGGAUUUGGACAACAAGAGAGUGCUCCUCGCAAAGUGCUCGUGCGACACCAAAAACGCAAGCGCCAACCCCUGUCUCGUCAAGACAACUUUAUCAACAACCCAAAGGGGUCCACCUUUAAGGCUGGACAAUACGGAUAUGGCAAUGAUGGCGACAAUGAUAGCAGUGGCUAUUUUGAUUACGAAGAUCAUGAUUAUGGAAUUGAAGGCAGGAGAGAAUGAACGUGAAGAGUUCAUUUAUUUCGAUGGAACCAACCAAGUGUGUAUGUGAGUGUGUGUGCGCGUACGGAUGUUGUGUGUGAGAUGUGUGUGUGUGUGUGUGCGUGGAUACUGUCGUAACAACGCAUGUACACCAUCAUGGCAUUCGGCGGAGUGUGUGAAUUGGAAAUACAAUGCUACAAAAACGAUACAGGAUACAGUACUAUGCAGGAAGAGAGCCUUCUCUAGGAGUAAAGAUUUGAAUAAACCAACGAAGAAGAAGAGCAAGCUGGAGAAUAUUAUUACUACAUACAACAAGGAACAAACACUUAAUGCAUCAUUACAUUGUAAAGAACACCCUGUGUGUGCUGUGGCAGGGUUAGAUACGUAAAGGCUUAGCAUGAAGAACAUGUACCGGCUGCGACAUGCCAUAACGGCGGCACUGCUAUGAAGGAAGCGGUAAGGCGGCACUGAAGGUUCUGGUGCAUUUAUUUGCCGGUAUCUACUAGCUAGUUUAGCUAGCUAGCUAGUCUACUAGCUAGUUUAGCUAGCUAGUCUACUAGUUAGGUGCCGGUGGGUGCCGGUGGGUGCCGGGAGGUGCUGGUACACGUACUAGCACACUGUACCUGACCGGAGCUCAGACCAGUCUGCUGCUUUGGCUAGGCGGACUGGUCGAAGUCAGUUCAAGCUGCUUGAUGCUGAUGGCGUGUAGCUAGCCAAAGUUGUUGCAAAGCAAGCACUACUAAGAGGCUUUUUUGGUGGGCUCGUUGCCUACUACGAGUUUAAUAAAGGAAGUGGGUGAGACACGUAGAAAGUGUACCAGCGCUACAGCCCAAAAAUGGACCAAAACCGUCUAUAAGCAAAUGACUGUCUCAAUGUCCGAUUGACCAAUAAGUAGAUUAAUACGAAAUCGACCUCAAGUACCAUUGACUCAUAGCAUGUUUCCCAUACUGACCACAUGAUUUAACAUCACAUACCCUAUGUUAAACGUGUAUUUCAUUUUCGUUAUACUUUUUGUGAGAUAGUUAAAUAUUUUGGUCCAUUAUUGAGUCCCGUUAACUCAGAAAAUAGAGAGUGAGACAGAAGGUUUCC